AUGUCUACCUCCUAUCUCCUCAAAGGCGGCAUCAUCGCGACCUUCAGCUCCGACAACCAGCCCAAGAGCUUCAAGGCGGACGUGCUGGUCGAGGGCUCGAUCAUCACCCAGAUCGCGGAGAGCAUCAAUGUUGGUCCCCACGUCGAGGUCAUCAACUGUGAAGGCAAAUGGACUACGCCCGGAAUGGUCGACACACACAGACACGUCUUCGCGAUCGUGCUACGCGGCGACCAGUGCGACUGGCUGCUAUCAGAAUAUCUCGUAAAGAUGAGCUGGACCGUUCAACCGGCACUGACUGCAGAGGAGGUCCGUAUUGGCCAGCUCGCAGGCUGUCUUGACGCUCUCCACUCGGGGGUGACCACCAUACUGGACCACUUCCACGCAGCCAAUACUCCGGAGCAUGCUGAGGCGUCUCUCGAGGCCACCAUCCAGUCAGGUGCACGCGUCGUCUGGUGCCCGGCGCGUCAGAGUGCUCCAACGCAGCUGUUCCCCAACAUGGAAUUCGGUAAUGAAGAAGAGACGUGCAAGUGGCAGAUGGAGAAGCUCAAGGAGUGGGGCUCGAAGGACGGUGGCAAACUGACGCCGGACGGACGGGUCACCCUUGGUCUUGCAUACGAUAUCGUCGGCACAGGGCCAAUCAGUAUGCACCAGGAAGCACUGAAGUUCGCCCGCGAGAUCCCGGUGCAGGUUAUUACCGCACACGUCGUCAAAGGGCGCCGGAUCCUCACCUGGAGGGACGGUGGCCUUCUCGGUCCGGAUGUCCUUUUCUCGCACUGUAACGUGUUGUUCGACCACACUGACCCGGACGAUGAGAUGUGGGCUGCCAUGAAGGAUAACGGCUGCGCCAUCGCGUCGACGCCCUGCGACGAACUCGGCAUGGCCCACGGAAAUCCUGUGGCCAUGGACGCCGUCAAUAGAGGUGUUAAAUGCGGUCUCGGAGUUGACGCUCUGUCGAUUAAUGGAGGUGAUAUCUUCACCCAAAUGCGUGUUGCACUGCAAUUUGCGAGAGGUCGUGCCCACGAGGCAAUCGAGAAAAAUGGCCACUGCGCGCCCAAGUAUAAUCACAACAAUGCCGCCGACGCGUUCCGUCUCGCCACCCUCGGCGGAGCCGAGGCGCUGAACAUGGAGCACCUUAUCGGCACCAUCGAGAUCGGCAAGAAAGCGGACUUAGUCCUCUAUGACGCGGAGUCUACCAACCUCGCUGCGAUUGCGGACCCUUUCCAGGGUAUCACGUUCCACGCGACCAACGCCGACGUCGAUACUGUCCUGGUCAACGGCGAGGUCGUAAAGCGCGACGGCAAGCUCACGAAAAACCCGUGGGGCCCCAUCGCGCGCGAGCUGAAGCAAAAGGCGGACGCGGUGCGUGAGAGGCUGCCGAAGGAGAAGCUGGAUGCCCUUUGGAAGCGGUAUUACGAUACCUUCGGUUCUCCCGGCUUACGAACGUGA